AUGACGUUAAAUGAUACAGAGAAGAGAAUGGAUUUUGUGACAUUUCAAAACACAAUUGAUGGAAAAUUGUGCGCAACAACACAAAGUAGAUAUGGCAUCAAUCCAGCUACUGGCGAGCCCAAUCCUACAGUUCCACUCUCCACCAUCACGGAACUUGAUGAAGCUGUGCGUGCAGCGAAGAUAGCUCAAAAGUCCUGGGCUCGUACCUCUAUUACUGAGCGUCGCGCUAUCAUCCUCGCCUUCGCUGAUGCAUUCGCAUCCUACGAAUCGGAAUUCGUUGAUCUGGUCAUCAUGGAACAAGGAAAGGCAAAAUUCCUCGCUCAUGAUGAGUUUGCUCGCGGUUUGGCCAUGAUUCGAGAAACCACCGAGCUCUUGCUUACCGAAGAAGUCGUCGAAGAGACCGAUACCAUGAUCGCAAGUGUGAGAUAUGUCCCCAUUGGAGUAACGUGUGGAAUCGUACCUUGGAACUACCCAAUUCUGCUGGCGAUGGGAAAGCUAGUGCCUUCGGUGUGGGCCGGGAAUGCAAUUAUCAUGAAGCCUAGUCCUGAUACACCAUAUUGUGGGCUUAAGAUUGUGGAACUUGCAAACAAGUUCUUCCCGCCAGGAGUAGUGCAGGCCUUGAGUGGUGGGCACGAAUUCGGACCCAUGUGUACCAUUCAUCCUGGGAUUGACAAGAUUGCGUUUACUGGGAGCAUCGCAACGGGUAAAAAGGUUAUGGAGAGUUGUUCUAAAACACUGAAGCGAGUUACCUUGGAAUUAGGUGGAAAUGACUCGUGUAUUAUAUGUGAGGAUGUCGAUAUCGCAAGUGUGGUUCCCCAGGUCGCCCAUCUCGCAUUGCUGAACUCUGGACAAAUUUGCAUGGACAUAAAGCGUCUUUACGUCCAUGCAGACAUUUACGACGAGUUCAUGUCAGCUCUCGUAGCUUAUAUUCCCAAACUAAAAGUUGGACCUGGGGCUGAUUCUACAAGCUGGGUGGGCCCAUUGCAAAGCAAAGCGCAAAUGGACACCGUCCAGACUUUCUACGAUGACAUCGCAAAGAAUGGACUUAAAGUCGCACUUGGGGGUUCAAAUGACAGCAUUAAAUCGAACGACACAUUGAGCAAAGGUUAUUUUGUCAAUCCAACCAUCAUCGAUAAUCCACCCGACACCGAAAGAAUCGUGCAACUCGAGCCCUUCGGUCCCAUUUUCCCUGUUCUCAAAUGGAGCGGUUCAGAUGAGGAUAUUGUAGACAGAGUCAAUGAUACCAAUACAGGACUGGGGUCCUCGGUCUGGAGCAAAGAUAUCAAGAGAGCCGAGAAGAUGGCUCGGGAAUUACAAGCUGGAAGUGUGUGGGUGAAUGCUCAUUUUUAUCUUAGCGCGAAAGUUCCGUUUGGGGGAUUCAAGAACAGCGGGAUUGGAAUGACAUGGGGAUUAGUGGGAUUGAAGCAUUGGUGUAAUGCACAGAGUGUCUGGUUGCCGAAGGAGAAGGCUAAGAUUUAA